AUGUCUUCAGUUAUCGUUUCAAAUGUGCCAGACAAGGUAACUCCUGCUGCGCUUACCAGAUUCUUUACAACUGCUGGUAAAGUCACUGAUUUAAACCCAUUAAGCGAUGGUAAAUACCAGGUCGUAUUUGAAGAUCCAAAAGCUGCCUCUACUGCAUUAGAUCUCAAUGAUGCUGAAUUGGACAAUACCUUUAUUAAAGUUGAUAAUGAUUUAGAAGUCACUGAUGGAGGAAAAAAAGGUGCUUCUCAACAAGGUGGUAACGAAGAGAGGAGGGAGGAAGAUGUGGAAGAAACCUUGAGUGAUGCUUAUGGUCAAAUCAGACACAAACACUGA